CGGAAAAAACCGGGCCGAGAGAUUUUUAUUGCUUUUGCUUUUGCUUUUAAUAGUUUAUCUUUGGUUUAUAUGUACACAUAUUGAAAAGACCACAGGCAACGCGUGUGUAUAUGUGUGUGUGAGCGCCAUCUAGCGGCGAGACGCAACAAAUAGCGUUUUAUUUGCGGUGCGUUGUGUGAACCAAUUGUGAAUUCUAAAAAAAAAAAAACAGCACAAAAAGAAAAAUACACAAAAAAAAAGAAGUUUUAAAAAUGCCGACGGCUUUGCAGCCGCUUGUCUAAAAACUGGCUACACUUAUGUCCACGCUGGCCAGCAGUCGCCAUCCGACGCUGAAUCUGAAUCUGAAUCGGAGUCUGACACCAAAGCGAAGUAUCGAGAAUCAGAGAGUUGAAUCCCAAUUGGCGGAUCAGCAGCCGGGAUCCGGUUCAAUGCAUCCCGAUUGCCUGCCACUGCCGCUGGAUCCGCUGGAUCCGGGUGUUCCCGGCAGUCACGGCAGCAGUCCGCAGCUCCAGAAACCCAACGCUGGCGACGAGGAUGCGAGUUCCGCCUGUGAUGAUGCUGAUGACGAUGAUGAGGAGCAUCUGGUGAACAUUUUGGAUGACGAUCAUGGGGAUAACAAUGACGAUAUGAUGGAGGAGGAACUGGAGGAGGAUUGCGAGGAGGAGUGCGAUGAUGCCGCCAGCUGUUGCAGUGAGAAUAGCGUGUUGAGCGUCGGCCAAGAACAGUCGCAGGUGGCAGCUGCCCAGGCCAGGCAGCGAUUGCUAAUGUCGCAACUCUAUCGACCGUCGGCAUUUAGCAGCGUGUCCGCUGCUGGCCAGCCCAUUGAGGAGGAUCCCGGUGAUCCUGUGAUAAUUGCACCCGCCAGCUUCCAGGAGGAAUUCCUACGCAAAUCCCAACUCUACGCCGAGGAGCUAAUGAAGCAGCAGAUGCAACUGAUGGCGGCGGCGAGAGUGAAUGCUCUAACUGCAGCAGUGAUGCCGCUGGGCGGUCUGCGUCCCGGUCCCAAAAUGACGCAACAGUUGCAAAUGGCUGCAGCGGCAGCGGCGGCGGCUGCAAUGCGACCCACAACCGGACAGGAUGCACUUGCUCAGCUAACGGCGACGGCGUUGGGCAUUGCACCACCCACUCCGCCCCAUCAUCCGCAUCAGUUGUUGAUGCAACACAAUAGCAACAACAACAACAACAAUCUAAACAACAACCACAACCUAAACAACAAUGAGAAUCUGCACGAGCGAGCUUUGAAAUUCAGCAUUGAUAAUAUUUUGAAGGCGGAUUUUGGUUCGCGGUUGCAGCAACGUUUGGCGGCAAGUGGUGCAGCUGCAGCUGCAGCAGCGGCGGCGGCAGCAAUAAGCUCCGCUCAGUUGAAGGCGCCGCGUAAGACGCCAAAGCCUCUCAAUCUCGCCCAGACUCAGUCGUCAGCUGGUGUCCAAUUGCAGUUGCAGCUGCAGACGCAAACGCAGCCCAGUUUGAGUUUCUCCAGCAGCUUGGCCAAUAUCUGCAGCAAUAGCAAUGAUUCCAAUAGCACCGCCACCAGCAGCAGCACCAACAACAACAACAACAACAAUCCGGCUGCUGUUGAUCUGGUCAAGUCACCAAAUGCCACAUCGCCGGCGGAUGCGGCGAACGGGAGUAAAUCGAACGAGGAUCAAGGAGCAACAGCCACAUCCACUUCGACCAGUUCCACGCCCAUUGUGUGGCCGGCAUGGGUCUACUGCACCCGCUACAGUGAUCGCCCCAGCUCAGGACGAAGUCCGCGAACGCGCAAACCCAAGAAGUCAGCGGCAACGAGCGCGGCGGGCGGCGGCAGCGGCGACAAGUCCGAUCCGGAUGGCAACUCCGGCUGUGGCGGCAGUGGCAACAGUGUGUCCGAGGACAAGCGACCACGCACCGCCUUCAGCGGCGCACAGCUGGCCAGACUGAAGCAUGAGUUUAAUGAGAAUCGGUAUUUGACGGAGAAGCGCCGCCAGCAGCUGAGCGGCGAGUUGGGUCUAAAUGAGGCACAGAUCAAGAUCUGGUUCCAGAACAAGCGGGCCAAGCUGAAAAAGUCGAGUGGCACCAAGAAUCCGCUCGCCCUCCAGCUGAUGGCGCAGGGACUCUACAACCACUCGACGGUGCCGCUGACCCGCGAGGAGGAGGAGAUGCAGGAGCUGCAGGAGGCCGCAGCGGCGGCGGCGGCGGCUUCGUCGGCGGAGCCAACAUAG